UGACAGAAGCAGUUGACAUGGCUUCCUCACAGUCAUAUAAUCUGUACCUUGGUCUGGAGCUUUUUGUCAUUCUCUUUUCUCAAGUUUUUGCUCAUGUACCGCCUGAGGCUGAGGCUACUAUUCCAGGGAGAAAGAUGGUAUUGGACGGGCGUAUCAGUUUGGAAAAAUUCGUGAGAGCCGUACAUUUUCUAGAGAGUAGGAUGAAGGGUACCAUGAUGAUUCCCCCUCGUCUAUAUGCAGAAAUGCCAUCUGACAAACUGUUACUGAGUGGAUUGUUAUUUUUUGGUUUUCACGGAGCAUUGGUCGAAGAAAGGAAGCAGGGCCAGAAGUUUUUGGUAGAUAUAGAGGCUUGGACUGAUCUCAAGCCACCUGGCAAAUCUGACAAUUUGUCUGAUUCAGUUGAUUAUACAAAAAUAUAUGGGAUAGCCAAGGAAGUUCUUGAAGGGCCACCUUACUACCUUAUGGAGUCUGUAGCCCAAAAAAUUGCAAUCACUGUUCUUACAAAUUAUCCACAGAUAUCUGAUGUUCGUCUGAAGGUUGCAAAGCCUCAUGUUGCAGUUCAUGGUCAACUUGAUUACAUAGGCGUUGAGAUCAUUAGACACAGAAGUGAUUUGCCUGUGUAGAACUUCCAUAUUUUACUACUGCUGGCUGCUGCAGCUUUUCUAAAAAGGGAAGGAUGAAAUGAAUAGCAUAUUACCUAUUAAGUGGGUGAUUGGUUUCAUUGGUAAAAACUAAGUCCAGCUAGAAAAUGAUGUUAAAUCAUAAAAUACAAUGUGUAGUGUUUGGAAUAAAGUGUUUUGAAGUGUGUAUCAUUUGCACAUUCAAACACAUUGUUUUUCUGAGAACUCAAACUCACAUUGUUGUUACAAGAUGGUUGAGUUUGCUAUACUUGUAAUUUGCAAUAGUUCACCAUUUGAAAAAAAAGUCAUCAUUGGUUAUAAUAAAAAAUAUCAGAUGAAA